UGCAUCUAUAUUUUACGAUCUGAAAUUCCAAAAUCAUAAUUUUCCUUCAAUGAUUUGCAUAUGAAAUCUUCGUGCAUCUAUUUUGUGCAGGAUCAUAUCUUUACGUGUGUUUUACUUAUCAAGAAACAACAUAAACGUCAGACUCUUUAAAUUUACAAAUUUAUCUUGUUCAUCAUGUGUCCAAGUAUGGAGCCAAAGUGUGACCACUGUGCAACUUCACAAGCAGUGAUUUACUGCAAAUCCGAUUUGGCUAAACUAUGCCAAAACUGCGACUUCCACGUACACUCUGCGAAUCCUCUAUCUCAUAGACACUCACGCUCUUUGAUCUGCCAGAAAUGCUUCUCACAGCCAGCCGUAAUCCGCUGUCUCGGUGAGAAGGUUUCAUAUUGCCAAAGAUGUCAUUGGCACGCAAGCAACUGCUCGGAUUUAGGACACAGAGUUCAGAGGUUGAACCCUUUCUCUGGUUGUCCUUCUCCAACAGAUUUUGUCAAAAUGUGGUCUUCAAUUCUUGAACCUUCUGUCUCUAGUUUGGUUAGUCCGUUUGUUGGUUCUUUGCCCUUGAAUGAUCCCAAUAAUACCAUGUUUGGAAUGGCGAAAAUCAACGAAUUAGACGGUUUGAUCGGUUCCCCUUAUUCCAUGGUGCCACACAGCUUCAAUGUCACUCAGAAUUUCAGUGAUCAAUUGUCUUUCUUUUCCGUGGAAUCUAAGGGAUAUCCUGAUUUGGUUCUUAAACUUGAAGAAGGCGAAGAAGAUUUAUGUGAAGGGCUUAACUUUGACAAUGCGCCGUUAAACUUUGACGUUGGAGAUGAUAUUAUCGGAUGUUCUUUAGAAGAACCCAUAGAACCGGACCAUACAGCAUCGUCACCAGGACAACAAAUGAACAUCAACACUGGACUUCCGCUUCCUCUAUCACCUGUCUUGUUCGGACAAAUCCAUCCAUCGCUUAACAUCUCCAACGUCACAGGUGAAAGCAAUGCAGCUGAUUACCAGGAUUGUGGGAUGCCUCCAGGGUUUAUAACGAGUGAAGCACCAUGGGAAUCGAAUCUUGAAGUUAGUUGUCCACAAGCAAGAACCCAAGCUAAGUUGAGAUACAUGGAGAAGAAAUUAAAGCGCUCUUUUGGGAAACAGAUUCGAUAUGCAUCGCGCAAAGCAAGAGCUGACACGAGGAAAAGAGUGAAAGGAAGAUUUGUGAAAGCUGGUGACAAUUAUGAUUAUGACCCAUCAUCACCGACGACAAACAAUUGAAAUUUACAAAAAUAAUUUUGUAUGGAUCGAAUAAAUCAACAUGCUGAGGCAUGGGAACGUUGGAGAAAACAAAGAUGGUGGAAGCCAAAAUGGUGAAAAUAUCGUAAUUUUGCGCCUUUAUAUUUAUCUUUGUUUUUGAUAUUUUAUAAGUUGGGUUUUUUCCUUUUAUACAAAUAAAUUUCUUAGCUGUUUUUGAUAAAUAAAGUAGCAGUGAUUACAAUCUGCUUCAUUCUCUGUAUAAAGGUGGUACAGAGCACGCGUUUAGCAUUGCAUUAAGAAGAUGUUUCACUUGUGAAAAG